ACACUGCUAGUCUAGCAGACAUUCAGACAACCUGUUAUCAUCAUCUCAAACGUCUUUUGACAAUUGACAUUUUAAAUAAUUAAAAGUACAUACAUCUAAAAUAAAAACAAAUCAAAAUGAAAGAUGGAAAUCAAAUAAUGGCUGAAUCCCUUAAAAACCAAGGUAUUAAAUAUGUAUUUGGAAUAAUGGGACAUCCAGUAAUUGAAUUGGCAUUGUCAUUCCAAGGUGUUGGAUUACAUUAUCUUGGUUUUCGUAAUGAACAAGCAGCAUGUUAUGCAGCUCAAGCCUAUGGCUACUUGACACGAAAACCAGCUGUUGUUCUUUGUGUAUCUGGACCUGGAGUUUUGCAUGUAACUGGUGGAAUGGCAAAUGCCCAAGUCAAUUGUUGGCCAGUUAUUGUAAUUGGUGGAUCAUGUGCUGAAGAUCAUGAAGGUAUUGGUGGCUUUCAAGAGUAUCCACAAGUCGAGGCAUGUAGACCCUAUUGCAAAUAUUCAGCAAGACCACCAUCAGCAUCAUUAAUUCCUCUUCAUGUUGAAAAAGCUGUUAGACUAUCAACUUAUGGUCGACCUGGGGCAGUGUACUUGGAUCUUCCUGCAACAUUAUUAAAACAACAAGUACCAGAUGAUUCUAUAGCAAAUGUCAUGCCAUGUCCAUCACCUCCACUCAUAUUUCCUCAACAAGAAAUGAUUGAAAAUGCUGCAGAUUUAAUUUGUCAAGCAAAAAAACCACUGAUAAUUAUUGGAAAAGGAGCUGCAUAUGCAGUUGCUGAAAAUGAAGUACGUAAUUUAGUAAGCUCAACUGGUUUACCAUUUUUACCAACUCCAAUGGGUAAAGGUGUUGUUUCUGAUAAUGAUCAACACUGUGUUGGAAGUGCAAGAACAACAGCACUAUCUCAAGCUGAUGUUAUUCUUCUUCUUGGUGCUAGACUAAAUUGGAUGUUACAUUUUGGACGUCCACCAAGAUUUCAAUCUGAUGUUGAUAUUAUACAGGUGGAUAUUUGUGCUGAAGAAUUACACAAUUCAGUGACAUCAAAAAUUGCAAUUCAAGCUGACAUUGUACCAACUGUUGAUUUACUAGCAAAAGCUUUAAACAAACGUCAUUUUAAAAUUGAUAAAGUUAAUCCAUGGUGGAAUAAAUUAACAAUUGAUGGAGCAAAAAAUAAAAAAAUGAUGCAGAGAAUGGCUGAUGAUACUUCAGUUCCUUUAAAUUAUUACACUGUUUUUAAACACAUUCAAGAAAUCAUUCCAAAUGAUUGUAUAAUUUGUUCAGAAGGUGCAAACACAAUGGACAUUGGUAGAACAAUAUUGUUAAAUACAAAACCAAGACAUAGAAUUGAUGCUGGUACAUUUGGUACAAUGGGUGUUGGUCUUGGUUUUGCUAUAUCAGCUGCUCUUUAUUGUCGAGAUUUAUCAACAAACAAACGUGUUAUAUGUGUUGAGGGUGACAGUGCAUUUGGAUUUUCUGGAAUGGAAAUUGAAACAAUGUUCAGAUACAAGCUGCCAAUUAUUAUAAUUAUUGUUAAUAAUAAUGGUAUUUAUGGAGGUGUUGAUAAAGAAACAUUCCAGCUUAUUCAAAAUGCUGGUGAAUCAACUCAAGUGACACCACCACAGUCAUUAACAGCUGAAACUCAUUAUGAAAAAAUGAUGGAAUUGUUUGGCAAAAAAGGACACUUUUGUACGACCGUUCAAGACAUUCAAAAAGCAUUGAAAUUAGCUCUUCAGGUCACUGAUUCACCGAGUAUUAUCAAUAUCAUGAUAAAUCCUCAAGCAGAUAGAAAAGAACAAAAAUUCAGCUGGUUAACCGAAUCAAAGAUAUAAAUUUAAAUAGAAAAUAAAGUAAGUGAAAAUAUAAAUAAAUAAGAUAAAAUACUUUAAUAUUGAUUACAAUAAAUGUGCAAUACAUUU